AUGCUCCUCCUUCUUGCAGUUUUCCAUGCCGGCCAGGCAAUCGCCAGCGCCUACGUGGGCACUUUUUCCGCAAUAGCAAUCUUCAACCUCCAAAAGCGAGAGGAACAGACCAAACAGGCCGCAAAAUACUUGGAUACAGCAGCGCACCAACUCCACAAGACAAGGACGACUCAGACCAGCGGUGCCGUCGCGACUCUCACAUCUUUGGUGUCCAGUCUUAUCCUUGCAGCAUCAUUGGCAGCCGGCACGACGUCAUUAGUCCUCAGUACCGCUAAUGCUCUGGGCCUUGCACUGGCUUACAACCACCUCACCAGCUUCUGGCAGAACAAGGCCAAAGUGCCCUUUGUCAAGGACUACAAUGACGGUAUUAGAGCAUCGAACAAUCUUCGACAGCUAUUGGCAGGGUUGACGGUCAGCUGGGGUCUGGCAACUUGUUUCUAUGCAUGGCAAACCCUGAGCGACUGA